AAAAAAACUUUUGUAUAUUUGAUGGCGACGGCGACUGCGACUGCUUUACUCACAAGAAACUCGCGCGUUUGUCGAAAAUCGUAGCGCGUACGUAUAUAUCGGUGUGUAGAAAUUACUAAAAAAUUGUGUUGCACCUUUUUAACAGUCGUGUACAAUCUGUAUGUUGUAUAUGUUCAAUUUAAAUACAACAACAAUAGCAACAACGCAACACAGUUUUAAACAAAAACAAAAUCGACAAGCUAAACUUGGCUAAUACAACGACUACCAGCACACAGCUACAACAACUAUAGCAACAAAAACAUCAGCAGCACGCAGCCAUAAAACAAGUCAAAACCAAAAAAUCAUUCGGAUUAAUAUCGCUUUUAAAACGGAUAAACAUCAACAAGAACGUGUGGAUUUCACCAAAAAAUAACACGAAGGAAAUAUUUAUAGCUGCUGCUACGCUUGUGAAUUGCCAAUAAUAAAGGAUUAAAACAACAAUGCCGCCAAUAACUGUCGUAGUUGUCAAAUCCAUGGCUCUUAAAUCAGCUAAAGCCAGUCGAUUCCAAUGAGAGGAGCCUGGGCCCUGAGAAUCUGGAGCAGGCGAGUGCACAGACGUUGCUGAGUAUGAAGCAACCACUACGGACCACUACGCAUCAUUAUCCCUCGAACAAGAAGAGAUUUCUAUCAAAAACCAGAACAGGAGCAGCCGGAUUAGGAGCUAAGAAAACGAUAGGCGGAGGAGGAUCACCAGGAGUAGGAGUCGCAGGAGCAGGCGAAUCCAGUCACAGAAGGAGAAGGUGGUUAUCGGCCACAUAAGACUAGUCCCUCCCCCCUUCCCCCAACCCACUAAAACACCCCUUCCCUCAAAUUACCCAUAAAAAAGGAAGCUCAAAAGAAAGGCAAAUCGGAGGACACAAGGAGGAGCGCAGGAGAAGACGGAGACGGCCCGUGUGUGUGUGUGUGUAGGUGGAGUGUGUGUGUCGGCCGUCUCAGUCGGAUAACCAUCAACCCAGAUCCUCAAUCCCAAGACCCACAUCCCAAACUGAAGCACCAGAACCACCACGAGAACCACCACCACCAUGUCGUCCAGUGAGCCACCGCCUCGCUACGAGCCACCCGUGGAGCCAGUCAAUGGCAUUGUACAGCCACCGGUGAUGCCGCCAGCGGAGCGACCCGGCCGCAAUACGAACCAAUUGCAAUAUCUGAUCAAGACGGUGAUGAAGGUGAUAUGGAAGCACCACUUCUCGUGGCCCUUUCAACAACCCGUCGAUGCCAAGAAGCUUAACCUGCCCGACUACCACAAGAUCAUCAAACAGCCCAUGGACAUGGGCACGAUUAAGAAGCGUCUGGAGAACAACUACUAUUGGUCUGCCAAAGAGACCAUACACGACUUUAACACGAUGUUUAACAAUUGCUAUGUCUACAACAAGCCCGGCGAGGAUGUCGUUGUGAUGGCCCAGACCCUCGAGAAAGUCUUUCUCCAGAAGAUUGAAUCGAUGCCCAAGGAGGAGCUUGAACUGGAGCCGGUUACGGCUAAGGGUGGCAAGAAGAAGCAACGGGCGCCGGCUACGCCCAAAUUAUCGUCAUCUUCCGGUGGCGCUGGAGCAUCCACCGGUUCUGGUAUGGCCUCCUCGGCGGCAGUUAGCAGCGGAGCAGGUAGUGGCUCCUCCAAAGUGUCAGCCGCCGCCUCUUCCGCGCAACAGUCCGGCCUGCAAGGAGCGACAGGAGCGGGAGCUGGUGCGGUGAGCACACCAGGAUCCCAGGCGAGUUCCGGUGCCGGAGGAGCAACUGCUGCCCGACCCGUAUCCGCCAUGGGCGGCACGGUUUCAUCGACGGCCGGCGGUGCACCGUCCAUACCACCGAUUAGCACAAUGCCACCGCACACGGUACCCGGCAGCACCAAUACGACGACGACGGCGUUGGCCGGCGGCGCUGGUGGAGCAGGUGCAGCGUCUGCCAAUACCAAUGCCGCCGCCCUGAUGGCCAGCCUCCUGAAUGCAGGUCAAACGGGUGCCUAUCCCGGCGCCCCGGGCCAGACAGCGGUCAAUAGCUCCUCGCUUCUAGAUGGCAGAACAGCCGCAGCAGCGGAGGCAGCAGCGGCAGCGGCGGCGGCGGGAGCGGGUGGUGCAGCGGGAGCCGCUGGUGGAGCAGCGGGCGCAGGAGUGACAAUACCAGCCGUAGCCGUCAAUGCCGCCAACGCCGUGCAGGCCUAUGUGAGUUCGGGCGUGAGCGUUGGAGUUGACGCCGUGAUACCGCCGCAGCAGCCUGCCAAAAUCAAGAAGGGUGUUAAGCGAAAGGCGGAUACCACCACGCCUACGGCCAAUGCCUUCGAAUCGCCGUACACGCAAAUGGACUCCAAAUCGGCCAAGAUUGCGACGCGGCGGGAGUCGAAUCGUCAGGAUCUUACAUUCCAGGGCUCGGGAUACAACAUGUCGCCGCUGGGCGUCUCCGGAGUGCCCGGACUUGGCGGUCUGGUUGCCGGUGGCGUUGCGGGUGUUGCGGUGGCCAAAAACAAGGAGAAGCUAUCGGAUGCGCUCAAAUCGUGCAACGAGAUCCUUAAGGAGCUCUUCUCGAAGAAGCACUCUGGCUAUGCCUGGCCCUUCUACAAGCCCGUAGACGCAGAAAUGCUAGGUCUGCACGACUACCACGACAUCAUCAAGAAACCGAUGGAUCUGGGCACUGUCAAGCGGAAAAUGGACAAUCGCGAGUACAAGAGCGCGCCGGAAUUUGCCGCCGACGUGCGAUUAAUAUUCACCAAUUGCUACAAGUACAAUCCGCCAGACCACGAUGUUGUGGCCAUGGGCCGCAAGCUACAGGACGUCUUUGAGAUGCGCUACGCCAACAUCCCCGACGAGCCGGUGGCCAAUUCGGCCCACCAUCAUGGCCAUGGCCACGGGCAUGGUCACGGUCACGGUCACAGUCACGGGCAUGGCCACGGACAUGGGCAUGGCCACGGGUACGGCGGCUCCUCCUCACUCAAGCACGAUGCCAGCGAUUCGUCCAGCGAGGACUCCAGCGACACGGAAAACGAAUCCAACUCGGACGAGGAGCGGAGCGCUAAGCUGAAAAUGCUUGAGUCCAAGUUGCUCGGCCUGCAGGAGGAGAUCCGAAAGCUGUCCGAGGAAGCUUCGGCCAAAAAGAAGGCGAAGAAGAAACUUAAGGAGAAGAAGAAAUCAAUGGUCGGCGGCUCCGGCUCCGGUUCGGCCUCUCAUCAUGGUCACGCCUCGGGCGUCGGUGCAAGCGCUGGCGGAGCAGGCGGCACCGGUUCGGGCGGCCAUGGGGGCGGUGUCUCGGUGCCGGGCGGUGUCGGCGCCAUGGGAGCUGGUGGACCGGGCAGUGCUAGUCUCAACGCACUGCUCAGUGGUUCGUUGGUUGGCCCAGGCGGAGGAGCCAUCGCCGGCGGAGUUCCCAAUGUGGCGGCCCUGCACAGCCAGGUCCAUGACGUGGCCAUGGCCUUUAACCAGCUGGCGGGCGGCGGUGCCGCGGCCGGUGGCGGCUUUGGUGGCGGAGUGACUGCAGCGGGAGCUUCAACGGGCGGCAAGGCGGGCACCCUGGCCGGCGCUCUGGCAGCGGGCGCGGCGGCGGGCGCUGGCGGUACAACGGCUGGCAGCGGCAGUGGCAGCAGUAAAGGUGCUAAGAGCAAGGGCGGACGUGGCGCUAAGGGCAGCGGCGCCGGCGGCGUUGGAGCUAGCAAUAAUUCCGCUGCGGGCAAUGCGGCAGGCGGUGCGGCGGGAGCUGCAGCGGGCGCUGGUGCCAUUGGAGCCGUUGGCAGUGCAGGAGCAGCAAGCGGCGGUAAUGCCUCCAAACGGGCCAAGGGCAGCAGUUCGGCAGGCGCUGGCGGCGCUGUUGGCGGUGCGAAUGCCAGUACCGGUGGCGCUGGAGCGCGCGGCAGCAGCAAGAAGAAGCCUAGCCAGGUGAUGAACUUUGACUCCGAAGAGGAGGAUACGGCCAAGCCAAUGUCGUACGAUGAGAAGCGCCAGCUGUCGCUCGACAUCAACAAGUUGCCAGGUGACAAGUUGGGCCGUGUGGUACACAUCAUCCAGAACCGGGAGCCAUCGCUGCGUGACUCCAAUCCCGACGAAAUCGAGAUCGACUUCGAGACGCUGAAGCCGUCGACGCUGCGCGAGCUUGAAAGCUAUGUGGCGUCGUGUUUGCGCAAAAAAACACGUAAGCCAUAUUAUAAAAAGCCUUCCGGCAAGUCGAAGGACGAGCAGAUGGCGGAGAAAAAACAGGAGCUGGAGAAGCGCCUGCAGGACGUCACCGGCCAGCUGGGGGCAAGCAAGAAAACCACCAAGAAAGAUGAGUCCGCUACAAACAAGGUCGAAGCAGUGCAGCCGGCGAAUCCCGUGUCGUCGAGUUCCAGUUCCAGCGAUUCAUCGUCGUCGAGUUCGAGUGAUAGCAGUUCGAGUGACUCGAGCGACAGUGAAGCAGGUUAGGACGCGUUUUGUUUGUUUGUUUUAUUUUAUACAACUUUUUUUUGAUUAGUAUACAUAGAGAUAUGCAAAUAUAAAUAUAUAUAUAUAUAUAGAUGCGUUGUUUAAGAAGCAAACAACAGAACUCACUAAACACACAUACGGAAACCGAUACCGACUCAGAUACAGAUUCAGAUUCAGAUUGAGACAGACUCACACAACUCUAGACCGCAUCAUUUUUAUUAUAUUAUCGUUUAACAUUUCAGACCUAAAAACAUAACGCUGAGGGGCGGGCGGGCUUGGCAUAAAUUAGAGAACAGAAGAUUUGAACGAUAUGAAAAGUCUAGGAUCUAGGAAAACCCAUUAAAACCUGUUGAAAAUGUAAAAAUAUAUAAACAAAUUAAAUGAAAACGAAAGGAUGAGCUAAUACUUAAGUCGCACAGAAUCAGGAGAUUUGAACAGAGCGAUUGGCUUAAUUAAUUCAAUUGGAUAUAGGUUUAUCUAGUUAUAUUUUAAUAACUACCCCAUUAGCACACGAAAAAAUGUAUGCCAAUACGGUUAUAUGUAGAGUUUAUUGAUUGUGUUUUCUGCUUAACAUUUGUUUUUAUCAAUUUUUAAGUUAGUUUCAAAAACCCACACAGACACGCACAUCCACACUGACAUUUGAAAUAGAAGGAGACAGAAAGAGACAGAGAGUUAGGGGGAUAGAGCGAGAGGGGAAAUUAUGGGGGUAUUACUGCUUUUAAAGACCGACUGACCAAGCUAUCCCGCUCACACACACACACGAAAACCCACUCCCCUGUCUCGCUCUAACCGAGCAUUUUUAAUUUAUUGAAGUUAGCGCAUUUUGUUUAUGUUUUUGUGUGCUAAACAACAACAAAACAAAUUAACAGGACGGCCCCAGAUCAAAAACAAAACAUCUCCAUUUUCCAACCGUCUGAUUUGAAUAGCCCAAAAAAAAAAAAAAUCCAACUCUGGUAAUUUAAAAGUUUUUUUUUUUUUUUUUUUAUACAAACAUGUGUUUUUUUUAAGAAUGCCCAAGAACCAAGUUCGUGACAAAGUGCAAUAUGCAUUUACUCUAAGACAAAAAAUGCACAAGGAUAUAUGGAAUUAAGCAACGUAAAUUGGAAAAUGAGAAAAAAUCCUCAGUUAAAUUGAUAUUUAAAUGAAUUUUAUUUAGAUAUUGCAAUAACAAACUUAGCCAGUCACACCCAUAUAACAUGCAAACAUAUUGAAAAUUAAAAGUUGAAUGCAGAGUUGUUAAACAAAUUUGCUGACAAACAGAUGAACUGAACAGAGGUUUUUGUUUCAAUUCGCACUUGAUCCGAAUAAGAGUUGGCUUUUGGGCUAUACCAAUAUCAGACGGUUGGAAAGAACUCAUAAAACCAUAACACCUUUACUCAUUUUUACGAAGCAGCUACACAAAACACCGACAAACAACAUGAACACAACGUCAAAACUUUAUAUAAUCGAUAUAUAUAUAUAUAUAUCUAUAUAUAAAAAUCUAGGUCUAGUAUAUACUUAAUUAUAUAUACACACCCACACACACACAUAUAUCAUACUUAAGCAUUUGUAGGUAUUAAACGAAUUGUAUAUGUAAAUGAAAAAAUGAGAAAACAAAUCUUACACAACACACAUACACAACUAUCUAAAAUGAGAAUAAUAAGAGAAAAACACACUCUUUACUACUUUAAGUCUUUUUUGAAAAAACAAAAAAAAAAACAAUUCUUAAAAAAAUAACAAGAAAAACCUUAUUAUUACCAAUAUUAUGAUUAUUAUUAUUAUUAUGAUUAUUAUGAGAAUAUGCUGAAAAAAUCGUGAAGCAAUUGUGUAUUGGGGGCAGCCAAUCUGAAAAAGAAAGUAAUUAAUUCCAACUCCAACCAACCAAUCAAUCAACCAACCAAACCAAAACCAACCAAUCGAACCAAUCAACCAAAUCAAAACUCCAUCAAUCUACAAAACAGCAGAGCAACAAUGCAUGAUUUGACAAAAGAUCAACGAAUAAAUCGAAAUAAAAACGUAUCAUCCACACUCCACACACAUGAUUAACCUUCAGUUACCCAUUAUCAGUAUAUCCUUUAGAGGCAGCUUGGGAGCAAAUUCCUUCAUCGGUCAUCAUCAUUAUAUCCCCAAUCCCUCCCACGACAAAAAAACAAAAACUUAACUGAUCAAGGAUUUUGCAUUCUACUCACUAGACCACCAUUAAGCGUAUUAACCACAAGGCGUAAUCGGAUGAAUUUUCUCCGCCGACUUUUCAAGGGUUAAAACCUCAUAGUCCCCGAAACGAAUACUUCUGUGCCAAUUUCAUAUAUUUUCUAGUCUUAUUUCUUGAUAAAUCAAAAUUAACUAAUCCUGAACUCACUCACGACGAAUCUUCUUCAUCCAGUCUGUAAUUGAAAUACGAGUGAUAUAUGUUUUUUUGAGAAAGCUGGACAACACAGUCACACGCACACACAAAACACCUACACAACCUCACUGAACUAUAUGUAAAAUAUAAUAAUAAUGAAAAUGAACAAUAACCAUAACCAUAAAAAUAUGAAAUUUCUAACAAAAUUUAAUGAACCAAAAAUGCAAGCAAAAAUACCAUAUAUGUCUAAAGUAUGCAAAAAAAAACCUAUAAAAUCCUCGAUACACUUGCAGACAAUGUGUAAAAAAAAAAGAAAGUAUGAAAAGCUUUGAAAAGAUAUGGAAAGAAAACACCGAACCACAAACAAAAAAAUUGUAAUUAAAAUAAACAACGUAAGGAACGAAUACGUAAGAAAUGUAUGACAGAGAAAAAACACAGAGAGAAAGAGAGUAAAAGAGGGGGGAAUCACUCAAAAUUAAAGCUAAGAGGGCACAGAUAAAAUAGAGGGCUACUUCAACUAACUUCUAAUUAAGUCCGCUGACAAAUGUGAAUGUUAAAUUUGAUGUUAUUAAUUGUUUAAACGUUUUUAACCUUAAAACAAAAUAUAGGCGUUUCCAGUCGGAAUGAAAAGAAUUGGAACACGGCAAUUAGCACAAUUCGCGAACUUUAGCUCGCAUUAUCACUUAAAUUCUAGAAUUGCCUAAUAUCUCUCUGUAUAUCAUUAAUUCGUGGUUAAUUAUUUGUUGUUGUCAUUAACUUUAUGUGUAUCAAUGUGGGAGAACCGUCAUCCGAAAAACAAGAAAUACUUCCAGCUUACUUCCAAAAAGACUCCAUGAGUAAAAAACCAAAAAGACAGCUUACCAAUAAAUAAAAUAAAAACCAAUAAAACGGAUCAAAUAUUGAAAAUAUCAAAAAUCAACUAACGGGAGUAAAAAAAAAAACGAUUACUUAACGAGGGGGUAACGGUAUCGGGUCCACUUUCCAUCUGAAUAUACUUUUUUUUUCUAUCUCUCUCUGUGUCUUUGUCACUGUGUCUGUCUCUGUCUGUAGUAGUAACGGUAUAUCGGUAUGAGAGAAGCGGAUCGAAUCGGAAUGGAAAAAAGCGUUACUUAUAGAGUCUUUUGCUCUAUAGCUCUAAACUCCAACUAGUUCUAUGUACAUAGCUAUAUUCACAUAUAUGUAUGCUAUACAUGAUCAAAAGAGGUAUAAAACAAAAACAACUACAAAAAAGAAAACAAAUAAUUAAAUGUAUUUGAAAGCAUUUUAUUAUUUAUUUUUCGGCUGUCGGCUUUCCCCUUUACACAUUGUUUGCACGUUUUUUUCAAAAAAAAUAUAUAUAUAUUAUAUUACGAAAAUAUACAGAAAAAAAAGAAAUGCAUAGAAGAGAAGAGGAGGAAGAUUGAUGAUAUGAUGAUGAUGAGAUGAUAAUGCAAUGCAAAUAAAGAAAAUUUAAUUAAACAAA